ACUAAUCUAUGCAUGUCGAUAAAGUAGAUAUAUGUGAUUGAUGGACGCACGUACAGUAAAAUUUAUAAAUAUUUCACAUCAUGUGUUGUUUUAGUUAGAAAAUGAUAAGUUUUAAAAACGUUCGCAUUAAGUUUAGUACAAAUUGUCAUUAAAAAAAUAAUAACAUUAUGAAUUCACAAAUUCGACAUCGAUUUGAAGGACUUCUUCAUAAAUAUACAAAUGCAAUGAAAGGAUGGCAAUACAGAUGGUUUAUAUUAAGUCCUGAAACAGGUGAACUCCAUUAUUUUUUGAGUGAAUCAGAGAAGAAUCAACGUCCUAGAUGUUCAAUUUAUCUGGCUGGAGCUGUCAUAGCUCCAAGUGAUGAAGAUUCAAAUACAUUUACUGUCAAUUCAGCUACAGGUGAUAUGAUAAAAUUAAGAGCAACUGAUGCUCGAGCUCGUCAAGAGUGGGUGGACAAAUUGCGAGCAGUCACUGAAAUGUAUACACGAGCAAUUGCAAGUAGUCAUCCACCUCUACCACCACGAGAGCAUUCAGCAAAUGCCACUAGAAGUCCUGUUGCUAAAUUAGAAGUUCUUGAUGCAUUUGCUAAUUGUCGAGAACAAUUGAAUAGAGUUGAAAAACAGAAUCAAACACUUUGCCAAACAAUUGAAAAUUCUCCUCUUUAUCUGGACCCAGAUCUUUUGAUACUUAAAGCUACUGCUCAAGAAACAUAUCAUACACUGAAUCAGUGUUUAAAUAUCCUCUAUCAGUAAUUAAUGGAUUAAUUGAUCCAUCUAUUUUAUGAUGAAUUCUUUUGUAUUUAGUAAUUGUUUUCAAUUUUAAUGACAUUCCUAAUAACAUUUAGAAAAUUAUUAGAUUUUUUUAAAUUUCAACAAAUUUUAUUAACGAGU